AAGAAUUAAUUAAAGAAAAGUAAACCAAAAAUCAAUUUUAAUAUAUAAAAAUAUGGAAACGGCAUUUGAUAUAUUAGUUGUAAAUCAAGAUUUCAAAGCGGAAACCUCGGACUCUGUCACUUUAACACGCGGUGAUAUUGUAGAAGUGCUGAAAACCACUGAAACCAAUGGAAAUUUGAAAAACGUAGCAGAUACUGAUGCUACUGUGAAAUGGUUGGUUCGAGUAUUCGGUGAUAAUGCCAAAGAGGGAUGGGUGCCGAAAAAUAUUUUAGAUGCCGGCCUAAAUGCCAUGUUAAAUGGCAACGAAAAAGAAAGUGCUGAUUUUCAGAAAAAAGCCGUUAUACGUGAACUAAUCGAAACAGAGGAGGAAUUCAAUCGUGAUUUACAAAAUGUAGUUGAUCGUUAUAUUAAAGCCGUUGAUGCGGCCACAGCGCCGCGCAAUGUACGCGAUAGUAAAGAUAUAAUAUUUGGAAAUUUUCAACAAAUUGCUGAAUUUCAUAAUAUGGUUUUCAUUGAUGGCGUCAAGUACUAUGCGGAUAAACCGAAUAUGGUGGUCAAAACCUUUUUACGUCUGGAAAGAGAUUUUGAUAUGCAUGUUAAAUAUUGUAAAACCGAACCUUUAGCCCAAGAAUAUUUAGCAUCGAAUAAAGAAGCCUUUACAUUCUUUCAGGAAAUUUCGAAUAGAUAUAACGACGAAAAAACUUUGAGUGAACAUCUUAAAUUGCCCAUACAACGAAUUAACGAUUAUCAACUUUUAUUAAAGGAUUUGCUUAAAUUCUCACUGAGCUUAAAAGAAAACAUUAAAGAUAUCCAAAAGGCUUUAGAGUUAAUGCUUAGUGUUCCUAGCCGAGCCUACGAUAAUACAUUCUUGAAUAGCAUUGAGGGUUACCGAGGUAAUAUAAAUAAAAUUGGACGGCUUCUUUUACACGAAUGGUGGACUGUGAUCGAUAAGGAGGGAAAGCCCCAUGAACGUUAUCUGUUCCUAUUUAAAUCACGCGUGCUAAUCUGUAAAGUACGAAAAAUAAGUGAGAAACGUUCCAUAUUUGUGUUGCAAGAGAUAAUAAGAAUCCCCGACUGUACGGUAGAGGAGGAUACUGCGAAUAAUCUAAUCAAGUUUACCGCCAAACCCAAUGCUAAGGAUGCCCAGCAUUUGCCCAUAUGCCUAAAGCCUCAUGGUAAUGAUCAAAAGGAUAUUCUAAAUAAGUGGUAUACGGAAAUUUGUACUCAUAUAGAUAAAGAAGUAACUUUACAAGAACAUAAGGCAGACGAUUUGCGCAUAGAUUCUACACAAAUCCUACAAGAAACCACUUUAAAUUUACCUCAAAAGGCCGAAGCCUAUAAUCCCGAUACAAAUAUAAAGGCCUCCGAUGUGGCCAAAGACUAUUUCCUAACCAAAGAGGAAAAAGAACGUUAUCAGGCUGAAUAUCAAGAGUUACUGCGUUUGGAACAAGAGUCCAUAGAACGUUAUAAUAAAACGAAAUUGGAAAGUUAUCAGUCGGUGCAAAAAUCAUCGGUUUCUAGCAAAGAAACCAGCCAGCAUUCGGAAAUACAACAAAGAACCGAAACCAUAUCGAAAGUAUCUCAAAGAAUAGAUGGUGUUGAGCAGCAGAUAACGACACAAACACAAUCGGUUCAAGAGCAAGAAAAAGUUGUUGUAAAGAACGAUAAUAUUGUUGAGGCACAAAGAUCGGCAAAUGUCAGCUGCUCUCAAGAAACAAAAACAGAAAUUGUAAAUAAGGAAACUGCAACACAAAGUGUACAAGAAGCUCAAGAAAGCGUAAUACAAAAGAGUGUUAAAAUAACAGAACCCAAAGAGGAGCCUGUACCAAAACCGGCGCCUGAACCUAAAAGAGAAUCUCCCAAAGCCGCCCGAGAAUCUCCUAAGCAUACUAAAGAGGAGCCUUUACCAAAGGCGGCACCUGAACCCAAACGAGAAUCUCCCAAACCGGCCAGAGAAUCACCUAAGCUUACUAAAGAGCCUUCAAGAGAAUCUCCAAAGCAAGCAAAGGAACCUUUGAGAGAAUCUCCUAAACCUAAAAAAGAUUCUCCUAAGCAACAAGAGCAACCUGCUAGAGAAUCUCCUCAACCUAAAAAAGAUUCCCCAAAACCGCAAGAAACUGCCAAACCAACGCCCGAAGAACCAAAGGCGGCACAUCAACAAUCAGUUGCCAUUAAGCAGGAACUAAGACAAGAAUAUAUUGAAUCAUCUUCUAGAGAAGAACAUAAGGAAGAGAUAACCCAAACAGCUACUAACAUAACUACAGAGACUGAGAUCUUACCACCCUCGUGCCCAGUUGAGGAAAUCGACGAAAAUCUUGGUAAGAACGACACGCCUAUAGAAGCAAUAUAUGCGUCCCAUGCUUUUACGCCUGAACCUUUGCCAGUUCCCCAAAUCACAGUUACACAAGAUAUUAUACCCAGAGUACACAAACCCAUACAGCUAAAAGACAUUGUUGGCUAUCAGGAGUCGAUCCGGCAAGCGGCUGGAGGUCAAGGUAAUCCCAGUGGAUCUGGUGGCCAACAAAAUGUCUUUAAUAUAUCUGAUAGCGCUUCGCUUAGCCAAUGGAAUGAUCGUCUUCAUAACAUACAAAUGGGACGUGAUGGCUUUGGGGAUGGUGCAGAACCACCCCAGCCUCCCAUGCCUCCACAUUCUGUACGCAUGCCUGGCUUUUUCCAGCCACUACCGCGCAUUUCAUACGAAACAUCUAUUGAAAUUCUAAUAGUUAAAGCAAGUCCCCCUUCGCCACCCCCACCCAUUACACUGAUACCACGCGUUGUGGUGCUCAACGAUGCCUUAGAGAUGAAAUCACAAAAUUUCCUAGAGGGUAUUUAUGAAACAGAUAGCUUUGAUACUUCCUUGCGUACGGCCAAAAAGAAAAUCAGAUCCAUUAAAUCAACGGUAUUAAAAUCGAAAGAUUCCACCAAUUAUGCCGUGGAUACCGUGAAAAAAGCCACUGCCCGAGAUUUUUUGCAUAUAUUUACGCCACCCAUUAAACAAAAGCGACCCAUUUAUGAAAUUGUUGAAGAACCAUCUAGAAGUGAUGUCGAAGAUGAUUUCUCCGAGUCGAUGUAUGGUGAUCUGCACACAGAAGUAAGAGAACAUAGUGUGGCACGUACCGAGGAUCAUUUGUCGGUGACAUCUAGAAAACGUUAUGACAGUAGAGCACGCGAUUUCUCGAGAGGCACCUCGUAUGAUAGUCUCGCUGAAGUAGAUGCACUUAAACCACCAAGAAAUGUUUUAGUUGGCAGCACUAGUACACUACUACGGUCACACAGUCGCUUAGAAGAUCGUCCUUAUUCCCGUCAAUCAAUAGCAUCCGUUAGAACUCUUGGAGCACGCUCUACCACAUCCCAAAUGGAGGGCCGUGCGCAUAAAUCGAUAGAUAAACCUAUCGUUAUGAAAAUGCUAAGAUGUGCGCAGGUUCAACCUGGUGAACCCGCACACUUCGAAAUACAAUACAAAGAAAAACCUGGUUUGGUAAUUUGGCUAAAAGACAACAAGCCCUUGGAUGACGUAUUAGCUGAUCGCAUCACCCAAACUGAAGCCGCGAUGAACUCUUAUCGCUUGGAUAUUAAAAAUUGCAGUGAACGCGAUACUGGCGCUUAUACUGCUAAAGCAACAACUGGUGCUGAGGUCACCACUUGUACAGCUCAAUUGGUAGUUGGACAAUCUGCCGAACAUGAUGAAAGUAGAACAAAUGUGGCUCCCAUUUUCUUGGUCAGCCUUAAGGAUGCUGAGAUGUUGGAGAAUACCAUGUUCCGCUUUCUGAUCAAAAUUAUGGGUGAUCCCAAGCCUAAAGUUGAAUUUUUCAAAGAUAAUAAAGAGAUUUUAGACUCGGAUACCAGACGUCAUAUUGUACGCGAAAAAGACUACUUGGGUUAUUAUGAAUUGGUAAUCAAUGAGGUAACUAAAGAUGAUGCCGGCACUUAUCAGUGCAAGGCUUACAAUAAGCAUGGUGAAGCUUUCUGUGAGGCUACCGUCACCACAGCGGAGGAUAAGAACCCCUUCGGUUCGUUGGCUGGUCAAAUUUUACCUCCCGGUGAAAAGCCUGUAUUCCAAUGGAAACGCAACGGAGCACCUUUCGAUCCCGAAGAACGCUUCAAGGUGUUGUUCGGUGAAGAUGAAGAUUCAUUGGCUUUGGUGUUCCAACAUGUCAAGCCUGAAGAUGCUGGUAUUUACACAUGUGUAGCACAGACUACAACCGGUAACAUUUCCUGCAGUGCCGAACUAUCCGUGCAGGGUGCCAUACAAACCCUUAAUAGGGAGCCAGAGAAGCCCACUUUGGUUAUUGAACACCGUGAAGCUAAUACCCAUGUUGGUGGUACCGCAAUUUUGGAAUUGCAAUGCAAAGGUUUCCCCAAGCCAGCUGUACAGGUCAAGCAUGAAGGUGAAAUUAUCCAGGUUGAUGAGAGACACAAGUUCUUGUACGAAGAUGAUGAAACAAUGUCUUUGUUGAUCAAAAAUGCCACCACCGAUGAUGCUGGCAUUUACACAAUUCAUGCCAUGAAUGAAUUGGGUGAAGACACGUCCGAAAUUAGUUUGGUAGUAAAAGCUCCACCUAAAAUCAAAAAAGUCAAAGAUAUCACUUGCCAUAUAAGUGAGACUGUCAAGAUUGAGGUCGAGGUUGAAGGCUACCCCAAACCAAUUUUGAAUUUGACCAACAACGGCAAAGACAUUACUUGUGAGAAGAACAUCAAAAUCUCAGAAGUAUCGAUUGGCAAGAGCACUGAAAAGGUUGUCAUUGAAAUUGUCGACAUUAAGCUCUCGCAAUCUGGAAAUUUCUCUUUGAGGGCCACAAACGAUCUGAGCCAGACCUCAGAGUACUGGAAUUGUACGGUACACUCGAAACCAGUGUUUGUUAAACAACUCGAGGAGGAGUACGUGCACGGUGAAAAGGAAACGGUCAUCAUGACCUGCAGAAUUGAUGCAUUCCCUGAAGCCAAGCUUACCUGGUAUCAAGAGGGUAAAGAGAUCAAUAUGAAGAAUAGCAAAUAUUCUGUAUCCUGUGAUGGUAAUGCUUACACUUUGAAAAUCACCGGAGUUACUAGAGUUGAUGCUGGUGAAUAUUCAGUUAAAGCUGAAAAUGAACAUGGUACCGCCACCAGCAAAACUAAUUUGCUAAUCAAGUGCACCCCUGAAAUAACCACCAAUUUGAAGAAUAUCAUCGUUACCGAGGGUGAUACAAAUGUCAUGCUAAAUAUUGGCAUAGAUGCUUAUCCUAAACCUAGUGUUAAGUGGUACCUUGAUGGUAUUGAAAUCGAUGAAAAACGUAAUGAGUUCAGACGUCAAGAGGAAGGACAUGAUUAUAAAUUGAUCAUGAAGGAGGUUACCACUUCCCUACAGGGUACUUACAGUGCUGUAGUUAUGAAUGAUUAUGGAAAAGUACAAAACGAAUGUAUUGUUACCGUACAAUGCAAACCUAAGAUCAAGAAACAAUUGAAGGAUACCGAAUUGGAAGAAGGCAAAACAUUGACCCUCGAAACCGAUAUCUAUUCUGAACCAGAAGCCACCGUUAAAUGGUACAAAAAUGGUCAAGAAUGUUCGGCCGAUGCUCGUUUGAAGAUCCAUCAUGACUCAAAACGUUACGAAGAAUACAGCAUGACUUUGAACUUAUGCAAGCCCGAAGAUAGUGGCACUUAUGAAGUGAGAGCUAAGAAUUUGGUGGGAGAAAGUGUAUCCAAAUGUCAAGUUAAUAUAUUGACUAAACCUGAAAUUGAUCAUGUGGAUAUCUUUGAGAAACACAGUUUCGAAUCUGUACCCUUGAAAUAUGAGGUCAUUGCUCAUGGCAUACCCAAGCCCGAAGCUAUUUGGUAUAAGGAUGGCAAAGAAAUUAAGCCCGAUGAAAAUACCGCCAUUAUUGUGGAGGGUGAAAAAUAUCGUUUGGAGAAGAAAUAUUUGAAAUUGGAGGAUGCUGGUAACUAUAAGGUGGUUAUUAAGAACAAAGUGGGUGAAAAGACCCAUCAAGGUGUCUUGUCAUUAUCGGGUAUUGCUGAAUAUCGUAAACCAAUUGUUAAGAAGGGCCUGGCCGAUAUCAGCACUUACAAGGGCAAACCUUUAUCAUUGCCUGUUGUCUUUACUGCCGAUCCUGAGCCCAAAAUUACUUGGCUUAAGGAUGGCAAACCCAUACAAGCCAAUGAACACGUCAAAUUGGAAGUUGUGAAAAAGGAUUUGGAACAUGGUUUGGUGGAAUAUGCUUGCACUUUGAAUAUUGAUAAAACUGAACAUGCUGAUAAUGGACGUUAUGAAUUACAAAUUGAAAAUAAAUUUGGCCAAGCUAAUAUUAGCUGUUUCGCUGAUGUUUUGUCCAAGCCUGAAAUCAUUGGUCUUAAAGAUCAAGGCUGUAUGCCUGGUCAAACUGUCUGCUUUGAUGUGGUGGUACAGGCCAAUCCUAAACCUAAGGUUACCUGGAGUCGUGGCAAUGAAAACUUGUGCAACAAUGAAAACUGUGAAGUUAUUGCCGAUGUAGAGGCUGACAAAUAUAGAUUAGUAUUCCAGACAGUGGGUGCUAAUGAAGGUGGUACUUACACUUUGACGGCUGUCAAUAAUGAAGGCACUACUACCCAAGACUUCAAGCUUAAUGUUCAUGUUGAGAAACCCACAUUUAUUACUCCACCCGAGGAUCAAGUGAUACAUGAUUAUCAUGCCGCUUUAACCAAGGUUUUGGUACAUGGUGUUCCAUUGCCCAAAGUUGAAUGGCUUAAAGAUGGCAAACCCAUUGAUAUUGAAGCCACCGAUAAGCUUACCGGUGAGAAAAUAUAUCGUGUGGCCCACAAUGUGGUUGCCACCGAUCAAAUUGCCAGUGAAAUGGAAGUUGUACACUUCCGUUUGAACGACAUCGCCAAGUACGCAGCUGUUGGUGUUAAUGAUAUUGGCAAAACUGAAGCUCCCUUCAAACUCACAAUGUUGGAUUUGGCUCCCACUUUUAUCAAGAACUUGGAACCUACUCAAGAAGUUACAGAAGGCAGACCUCUUACACUACAAUGUGUGGUCGAUGGCAGUCCUUUGCCUGUAGUACAAUGGUUCAAGGAUAACGAAGAGGUCAAACCUACCGAGCACAUUAAAAUUACCACUACACCUCAGGGUCUUAUUAAGUUGGAGAUUGAAGAGUGUGUGCCCAAUGAUUCCGGUGCUUAUAAAUUGGCAGUUACCAAUGAACAUGGCAAAAAGGUGGCCUUGUGUGCAGUUGCUGUUAAUCCCAAACCCUUGGAACCAACAUUUGUUAAAACCUUUGGUGAUCAAAAGAUUACUGUCGGUGAGCCUUUGAAGUUGGAAGCUGUGGUAAAUGGUUUCCCUGCUCCUGAAAUCAAAUGGUUCAAGGAUGAAGUUCUUUUGAGACCCAGCGAAGCUAUUAACUUUAUUAAUAAUCCCAAUGGCCAGAUUGGUAUUGCCAUUGAUUGCUGUACUCCCCACGAUGCUGGUAUCUACAAGUGUAUCAUCAGCAAUCCUGGCGGUGAAGUAAAGGGUGUAGCCAAAAUUCAAGUUGUUCCCAAAGAGACUAAACCUGAAUUUAUUGCUGAAUUGAAAGAUGCCAAGAGUAUUGAAGGUUUUCCUGUUAAAAUGGAUGUCAAGGUGGUGGCCAAUCCUAUGCCCGAUGUUAAAUGGUUCCACAAUGGUCAAGAACUUUUGCCACAAAACAAACACUGUACCUUGGUGCAAAAUCCCGAUAAUACCUACAGUAUGAUUAUCGAAAAGCCUACACCAGCCGAUUCUGGUCUUUACGAAGUUAUUGCUACCAAUGACAAGGGUUCUGCUGCUUCCAAGGCUAAGCUGUAUGUAGCCCCAGUAACCGAUGAAAACGCUGCUGAAGAAGCUCCCAGUUUUGUGUCCUCACUGCGUGAUGUCAACGCCGAUGAGGGUCAACCACUUGAAUUAUCAGCUCCCUUUGUUGGUAAUCCGAUGCCUGAGACCAUUUGGAGCAAGGAUGGCGUACCACUUACACCCAGUGAACGUAUUCUCAUGACCUGUGAUGGCAAACAUGUAGGUUUGAUCAUCAAUCCUGCCGAGACUUCCGACUCUGGUGUUUAUAGUUGUUUGUUGGCCAAUCCCUUGGGUGAAGACACCUCCAAGUGUAAUGCCAAUGUUAGCAAAAUCUAUAAGAAACCCAUUUUCACCCAGAAAAUUACCGAUCAACAACAGGUUUAUGGUGGAGAUGCCAAGAUUUCUGUUUCAGUUUCAGGUGUACCAUAUCCAGAUUUACAGUGGUACUUCAAUGACAAACCCAUUGAGGAUGGUGAUAAGUACUAUAUGAAAAAUGAUGGUGAUCACCACACUUUAACCGUACGCGACUGUGGAGAUCAUGAUAAGGGCACCUACAAGUGUAUUGCCACCAACAGGGAAGGCAAAGAUAUUACCCAAGGACGUUUGGAUAUUGUUAAUGAAAUCAAAAAACAUAUUCGCUCUGAACCACCAGUAUUCCUUAAGAAAAUUGGUGAUUGCGAUAUUUAUGCUGGUAUGGCUGCCAAAUUUACGGCCAUGGCUACUGGUUAUCCUAAACCCGAAGUUGAAUGGUUCAAGAAUGGUCAAAAACUCUUCCCCACCGAUAAGAUCCAUAUGGAAACGGAAGCUAAUGGUUUAAUGCGUUUGUGCAUUAAGGAUGCCGAUGAAAAUGAUGUAGGUCGUUACAGCUGUCGUAUAUACAAUCCCCAUGGUGAUGAUCAAUGUGAAGCUGAAUUGAUGUUCGAUACCUUCGACAGUCCUUCUCAGGCUCCUUUGGGUGAUCAAUACAGUGAUUACAAGAAAUACAAACAUAGCGGUGCUCCAAAUCCUCUUUCCGAAGCUCCUUAUAUUUUGAAGAUGACCGAUCGCAAUUUGCAAUUGGGCUGGUCACCUUCAGUGCCUUCAAUGCCACGCUAUCCCAUUACCUAUCAAGUAGAAAUGAUGGAUCUUCCCGAGGGUGAAUGGCGUACUAUUCGCACUGGUAUUCGCAAUUGUUCCUGUUAUGUCAAGGACUUGGAACCUUUCAGAGAUUACAGAUUUAGAGUGCGUGUUGACAAUAAGUUUGGUGUUAGUGACCCCAGUCCUUACAUUCAAACCUAUAGAUCGAAAUUGGUGCCCGAUCCACCAAAGACUUAUACAUAUUUGGCUCCUGGUGUAGAUUUCAGACCAGAAACCUCACCUUACUUCCCCAAGGACUUUGAUAUCGAAUGUCCUCCUCACGAUGGCAUGGCUCAAGCUCCCCAAUUCUUGCGUCGCGAAAAAGACGUUACUUAUGGUGUUAAGGGCCAUAAUACCGAAUUAAUGUGGUUCGUUUAUGGAUAUCCUAAGCCUAAGAUGACCUAUUACUUUGAUGAUAUGCUAAUUGAACCUGGCGGCAGAUUCGACUUCAGUUACACACGUAAUGGUCAAGCCACUUUGUUCAUCAACAAAAUGUUGGAUCGUGAUGUAGGCUGGUAUGAGGCUGUGGCCACCAAUGAGCAUGGUGAAGCCAGACAACGUGUAAGACUAGAAAUCGCUGAAUAUCCACGCUUUACUAAACGUCCCGAUGAAACCUUUAUCAUGGCCCGCAAGAAUGGUCGUAUUGAGGCUCAUGUUGUAGGUGUUCCCAUGCCAGAAAUUCGCUGGUAUAAGGACUGGCAACCUUUGGCUGAUACCACACGCAUUAAGAUGCGUCAUAUUGAACCCAAUAUUUAUAUUUUGUCACUCAGUGAUACCAUCAUUAAGGAUGCCGGUCUCUAUUCGAUUAGUGCCCGUAAUGUGGCCGGUUCGGUUAGUUCCUCGGUCAUGGUCCACAUUGAAGAUAAUGAGGAUCAAUAUAUAUUUAAUACCUAUGGCAGACAUCCAUAUGUGCGUACCAAGCAGUUCCGCUGUGAAGACAAAUAUGAUUUCGGUGAUGAAUUGGGUCGUGGUACUCAGGGUAUUACUUAUCAUGCUGUUGAAAGGGCCACAGGCUACAGUUAUGCUGGCAAGGUUAUGUAUGGCAAGCCAGAGAUUAGACCUUUCAUGCUCAACGAAAUGGAAAUGAUGAACAUCAUGAACCACAGAAACCUCAUACGUUUGCAUGAUGCCUAUGAAACUGAUCGUAAUGUUACUUUAAUUUUGGAAUUGGCAGCUGGUGGAGAAUUGGUCAGAGAUAAUUUAUUGAAGCGAGACUAUUUCAGAGAACGUGAUAUUGCUUCAUAUGUAAGACAAGUUUUGUGGGGUUUGGAACAUAUGCACGAUGCCGGUUUGGGUCAUAUGGGUUUGACGAUUAAAGAUCUUUUGAUUUCUGUUGUGGGUGGUGAUUUCUUGAAAAUAUCCGAUUUCGGUUUAACACGCCGUAUUCAUACUCAUGCCUUGACUACUCUCGAUUAUGGUAUGCCUGAAUAUGUCUCACCCGAAGUGGUCAACAAGGAGGGUGUUGGUUUUGCUCACGACAUGUGGAGUGUUGGUGUUAUCACUUAUGUUUUACUUUCCGGUCACAAUCCAUUCCGUGGUGCUAAUGAUCGCGAAACUUUGCAACGAAUUAAAGAAGGUCAUUGGGACUUUAGCGAUUCCAUUUGGACUCACAUCACCGAUGAAGGUCGCGAUUUCAUUAAACGCCUUUUGGUUUACAGCCCCGAGGAACGUAUGGAUGUAAAGACAGCCUUGAGACAUCCCUGGUUCUUUAUGUUAGAUAGACGUGCCUCCGAUGAAGAAUAUCGCAUCAGCACUGAUCGUUUGAGGAACUAUUACAAUGACUUUAGAGAUUGGUAUGCCAAUGCUUCUUGCAAGCACUACUUCAGACGUAGACGUUUGAGCGGUUGUUGGACACAUCCCUCGAAGAUGGUUUAUCCACCAGGCUUAGUUUACACCCCUGAACCAACACCCGAACGCACACCAGAACCCAGAAUUCGCAGUAAACGUGUUGAAACCUAUUCGAAAUACUUACAUCCCGAAUACGAAUUGGGUAUUAUUCAAUCCGAAAGCCACUACCAAUAUGGUCCUGAUACCUAUUUGUUGCAAUUGCGUGAUGUUAACUUCCCCGUACGUUUGCGUGAAUACAUGAAGGUGGCUCACAGAAGAUCACCUUCGUUUGCCAUGAACGAAAGCUUGGAUUGGUCUUUGCCAAUUAUUCGUGAACGUCGUCGUUUCACCGAUAUUAUGGAUGAAGAAAUUGACGAUGAACGUACUCGCAGCCGUAUUAGCACAUAUACUGCUCAGGACUCUUAUACCAUUCGUAGACUGCGUACCGAAUUGGGUCCACGUUUAGAUGAAUAUACCGAAGCCGAAGCUAUGAUUGAAUGCAGACGUGAAGGCUAUCCUCCAUUCUUCAGAGAAAAGCCUCAGGCUUUAGCCAUUACUGAGGGACAACCGGCCCAUGUUCAUUGCUUUGCUGUUGGUGAUCCUAAACCCAAUGUUCAGUGGUUUAAGAAUGAUAUGGUUUUGAUUGAGAAUAAUCGUAUUAAGUUCCACACCGAUGAAGAUGGUCGUUCGAUUUUGCGUUUUGAGCCCGCCAUGCAAUUUGAUGUUGGUGUUUACAAGGCUGUAGCUCGUAACAAGGUAGGCCAAACUGUAGCUAGAUGUCGUGUGGUAAUUGCUACCUUGCCCGAUGCUCCUGAUUCUCCCGAAAUUUCGGCCGCCAGUGGUAGUGAAAUCUUGUUGCGCUGGAAACAGCCACGAGAUGAUGGUCACACUUCUGUGUUGUGUUAUAGCUUGGAAUACAAACGCUUAGAUGGAGAUGCCUGGAUUAACAUUGCCGACAAUAUUGAUCACGAAUUCUAUUUGGUUCACGAUCUUCAACCCAAUACCCAAUACCAAUUUAGAUUAGCUUCUAGAAACCGCAUUGGCUGGAGUGAAAUGGGCAUUCCUAUUACUGGUGCCACCAGUGGCAUGGAUGCUCCUAAGAUUCAUAUUACCAAAGCCAUGAAACAUUUGCAACAGCUUACCGAAAAUGGUCAUGUUGUUUUGCCCGAAGAAGAACGCGUCCACACCGAUUACCAUUGCGAACGUGAACCUCCCAACUGGGUAACCGAUCAUUCGGUCAAUGAGAAAUAUAGUUUCAUUUCGGAAAUUGCUCGUGGUGAAUUCAGCACUAUUGUUAAGGGCAUACAAAAAUCUUCGGAUGCUGUUGUAGUAGCCAAGAUCUUCGAAGUCAAUGACGAGAAUGAGGAGGAUAUUGUAGCUGAAUUUGAUAACUUUAAGACAUUAAGACAUGAACGUAUUCCUGCCUUGUUUGCCGCCUACAAGCCUCUUAAUGUUCCAAUUGCCAUUUUCAUUAUGGAAAAAUUGCAAGGCGCCGAUGUUUUGACCUACUUCAGCAGUCGUCACCAAUACACCGAACAAAUGGUUGCCACAGUUAUUGUACAACUUUUGGAUGCUUUACAAUAUUUGCACUGGCGCGGUUUCUGCCAUUUGAACAUUCAACCCGACAAUGUUGUCAUGGCCUCUGUCCGUUCGAUACAAAUUAAAUUGAUCGAUUUCGGUUGCACCAAGAAGGUCAACAAAUUGGGUGUUCAAGUUAGACCAUGCGGCAUGUUGGAUUUCCAAUCUCCUGAAAUGGUUAUGGAGGAACCGGUAUUCCCACAAUCGGAUAUUUGGUCAGUAGGUGUUUUAACCUAUUUGUUGUUGUCCGGUACAAGUCCCUUCCGCGGUGCCGAUGAAUACGAGACCAAACAGAACAUCACCUUUGUACGUUAUAGAUUUGAAAAUCUAUUUGGUGAAGUGACACCUGAAGCCACCAGGUUUAUUAUGUUCUUAUUCAAACGUCAUCCACAAAAACGUCCAUACACCGAAGACUGUCAAGAACACAGAUGGCUUAUGGCUUCCGAUUAUAUGGUUAAGAAACGUGAAAGAGCUCACUUCUUAGGCAAUCGUCUCAAGGAAUUCUCUGAUGAAUAUCACUCUCAAAAGUCUGCUAAAGCUGCUCCUAAAAUUAACUUUGAAGGUGGACCCACUCCCUCUCAGCUUUUAAGAUCUAACAGCAUACAAGAGGAAUUAUUUACCACCUAUUAAACAACAACAAAAAUGCAUUAUUUAUUUAGAUUCAAUAAUAACAUCUUCAUCAUUUGCAAAAGAAACUCGAAAAAAGCAAACAUUUCAAGAUCCACUCAUUGUAAACUUAAUAACGAACAAAACAUAUUUUAUUAAAAAAAACUCAUAAUACGAAACGAC